AUGAAUUACGGGGAUGAAUUUCUUCUGAGAGCGGAAAAUUAUGGUGAUCCACAGGCACCAUCUCUGUAUGUUCGAUACACGCCUGAAGCUGUACCAGGCCCUGAAGACAAAAUUUCUAUUCGCUUAAGUGCGAUCAAAGACAGCAACUGUAGAUGGACUACAAUGCCACUUUUGCCACGUGAUCGACUUGAAGGCCUCGGAAAUCCUAUAAAGACGGGAGCUAAACUUAUCAUAAAAAAUUGUGUGGCGGAUAAAAGUUUAUGUGUAAUGAAUCAAAACUGGAUACAAACGUUUUUUGGACCAGAGUGUGGAGUUACUUGUCGCAAUUACAUCGAUAUUCAUAGAAGACACACAGCGGAAAAUAUAUUUACUCUUGUGAGCGAUGUCGAAACAAAGAAAAAAGAU